GCUGCUCAGUCUCCGCCGUGGGCUCCGCGCGUGCGCGCUGCGCUCCCUCGUCUCCCUCAGCGCUACCGCCACCAUUUUGUGUUGUGACCGCCAUCGUUUGCACCCCGUCGUUUUGAAUCGAAACAACGGCCCCAUGGCGGACGGUCACUCAGCGGCCGGGCAGGGUGAAUACGUGUCACUGAGCGGCUGCGGGACGCCUGGAUCCGAGCCUGAAACGAGGCGGUUGAGUGAACUGCGGGUGAUCGAUCUGCGGGCAGAGCUGAAGCGGCGCAGUCUGGACAGCGCGGGGAAUAAGAGCGUCCUGAGCGAGAGGCUGAGGAGGGCCAUAGAGGAGGAAGGGGGGAAUCCUGACGAAAUACCCGUGAUCUCUGAGAACACAAUCAAGAGAACUCCAAAAAGAAGCAGCAAAGGACGUAGACCAGACGAAGAGGGAGCUGAAGACAACGGCCUGGAAGAAGAUUCUGGAGAUGGACAGGAGGAUAUUGAAGCAAGUUUGGAUACCUUGCAAGAUAUUGACAUGAUGGAUAUCAGUGUGUUAGAUGAAGCUGAAAUAGACAACGGCAAUGCUGUAGAUUGCGGAGAGGAUUACAGUGCUGAUCACAUUCUUGACUCGCUGUCUGAUAGUAAAGAAAACACUGAUGCAGACAUGAAAGAACAUCCCGGUCAGCCUGCAGACUACAAUGUAGGGAACCUGGAGGCAUCCCCACAAUAUUCAGACGUGAAGGAAGAAUCAAGAGAAAUACCAGUAAUGAUGGUGGAGGCUGAAGAUGUCGGAAACAGUUUUGAUGCUGCUUCGUCUGAAUUAAUUGAAAUAAAGGAAAUCGAAGAGCUGCCUUUGGAGCCAGAAAAUGAGAAAAUACUCGACAUUUUGGGGGAAACUUGUAAAUCUGAGCUCCUUAACGAAGAAGCGUGUGAAGCGGAGCAGCCAGAUGCACAGGAAGCAAGUAACGUGGUGCCAGGCAAGAGGCUAGCAGAGGAAGAGGACGCUCUUGCUGCCGCUCAGUCGGAGGAAGAUGCUUUAGAUUUGGACAGCAAGUCGGCACAAGCUAUGGCAAGGAAGGAGGCAAAGCGUUUAGUUGUAGCAAAAGGGGAGACAAGUGAACAGACAAUAGAGGAAGAGAAGCUGGACUCUGCCUCUGUAGGAGUAGAGAGCGUAAGCGAUGAGAGUAGCAAGCGCUGCCAAGGCCUGGAAGCCUCUAGUGGGGAAACAGCGGAGAGAGGCGCAGGUGCGGAAGGCAAAGCUAGCAAAGAAGAUGCCAAGAAAGCAGAAGACAAAGCUAAUUCAGAGGAAUCCCCCGCUACUAAAGAGUCCUCAGCCAGUGAGGGCGGUGAUCAGAAAAAGAGCCCUGUGGAGGAGGACAGAGAUACAAAGCAAGCCUCCAAAGAUGAGAAAGGCCGUGCUGGCAGUGGUUCUGGAAGGAAUCUGUGGGUCAGCGGCCUCUCAUCCUCUACGAGAGCGACAGACUUGAAGAAUCUCUUCAGCAAAUAUGGGAAGGUGGUUGGUGCCAAAGUGGUGACAAACGCUCGCAGUCCCGGCGCGCGCUGCUACGGCUUUGUGACCAUGUCCACGUCUGAAGAAGCCACCAAAUGUAUCAAUCACCUCCACAGGACAGAGCUGCACGGGAAGAUGAUUUCUGUGGAAAAGGCCAAAAAUGAACCAGCUGGGAAAAAGCCUUCAGACAGAAAGGAAGGCGAAGCACGGAAGGAAAAAGACAGGCACCAUUCUGCAGAUUCCAAAUCUGAGAAGUCUGUUGGUGUUAAAAAGGAGGAGAAGGCUGACAAAAAAGACGAUGCAAAGAAAUCAGAGAAAGAUUCAAAGGAUGAGAAGGAAGGGAAAGAGAAAGAGGAGCAGAAGGCCUCCGAUCGAUCCAGGGCGAGCAAAUCAGCAAGUCGAGGAACUGAGAGGACAGUGGUAAUGGAUAAAUCUAAAGGAGAACCCGUUAUUAGUGUGAAAACAUCUGCUUCCAAAGAGAGGAGCACAAAGAGCCAGGACCGCAAAUCUGAGAGCAAAGAGAAGCAGGAUAUCUUAUCGUUUGAUAAAAUCAAAGAGCAGCGCGAGCGCGAGAGGCAGCGACAGAGAGAGCGGGAGAUCAGGGAGACGGAGCGGCGCCGAGAGAGAGAAAGGCGAGAACGAGAGCAGCGCCUUCAGGCCAUGCACGAGAGGGAUGAAAGGCAGAGGCUGCAGAGAGAGAGGGAGAGACUUGAAUUUCAAAGGCAGCGUCUGGACAGAGAGCGCUUGGAGAGGGAGAGAUUGGAGAGGGAAAGGAUGCACAUCGAGCAGGAGAGGAGGAGAGAGCAGGAACGAAUCCAGCGGGAGAGGGAAGAGCUGCGGCGUCAGCAGGAGCAGCUGCGCUACGAGCAGGAGCGGCGCUCAGCAAUGAGAAGACCCUAUGAUGAUGGCAGGCGAGAUGAUCCAUACUGGCCAGAGGCAAAGCGAAUGGCCUUGGAUGACAGAUACCACUCUGAGUUUGUGCGCCAGGACCGCUUCCAUGACUUCGACCACAGGGAUCGUGGCCGAUACCAGGAUCACUCCUUGGACAGAAGAGAAGGUUCAAGAGGAAUACCAGACCGAGACGGGCAGCAUUACCCAGAUGAGCGGCACGGAGGCCCCGAGCGCCACGCACGGGAAUCCCGCGAGGGUUGGGGCGGUUACGGGUCUGAGCGGAGGAUGACCGAAGGGAGAGGGAUCCCCCCACAGACCCGAGAUGGACGUGACUGGGGAGAUCAUGGUCGAAAGUUAGAGGGGCAUCAAGAUCGAUCAUGGCAGGGCAGUGUGGCUGGAGGAAUGAUGGGACGGGAUCAUGAGAGAUGGCAAGGUGGUGAUCGAGGAGCGCCUGGUCAGCUGGGACCAGGCCAUGCGAUGCACCGCGGAGGGAUGGCAGGGCGGGGAGGAUUCACACAGGGCCCAAACCAGAGCCAGGUGGCGCCGAGUGCUGCAGUGCAGGGGGGGUUUGCAGGCCAGGAGCGGACACACAGAGCGACCGAGCCGCGCUUCGCCCGCCGCUACUGAGAGCGCUUCAAUACACAGAUUAUAGACAAAAAUAUCUAUUUUUAAUACAAAACCACGGUGGGGUGGAUUUUAUUAAGCAGGGUCAGCUCGGAUUUGUGAUGCCGGGAUAUAGCAGAACUGCUGCCACGUCGUAGCCAAACUAUCGCUCCAUCCGUUCAGCCGACUGGGUCCCUCCUUUGUUCCCAACAUGUUCUUGGUCAGCGCUGACGUUUCUGUUGGUGAAACAUUCCAUUUUUCCACAACAAUAAAAGCAGUUGAUGGCGAUCAAA